AUGAGAUUGAUCGUUAGAGUUGCUAACGAUCCUAUCCAUCCGAACUCGAUCCGGUCUAUAUCGAGAUUGGACCGACUUUUAAAUGAAAGCGAUACGAGACCGAUUGAGGAAGAACUGGUUUACUCCACAACCGAAAUUAUUGAAUUUCAAGUGGAAGAAAAGGUUAUUGCGAUAGACAAUUUUCUUUUUUUGUCGGUUCUCUUAUCAACAACGCCUGAUAUCGAACAAACUACAACCAUAGUAGUUUGCGGUCUUGGUAUGGUCGGCUUAUCAUUCAUCGAAAAAUUAUUAAAAUAUGACAAAAAAAAUCAAUUUAGAAUAGAAACUUUUUGCGAAGAACCUCUAGAGGAAGAACGAAUGUUAAUACAGCCUAAAAGCUGGUAUUCAAAGAAUAACGUGAUCGUUCACACAAAUGAAAAGGCAACCCAUAUCGACACUACUACAAGAUGUGUAAUCUCAGCAAAUGGAUUGUCCGUGCCAUAUGACACGUGCAUUCUGGCCACAGGAUCUUAUGCUUUUGUACCGCCGAUCCCCGGUUCGGAUCGACCGGGAGUAUUUGUAUACCGUACCAUCAACGAUUUAAACGAAAUCAUAAGUUACAGCAAAAAAUCGAAGCGUGGCGCCGUAAUCGGGGGUGGUUUACUUGGUCUUGAAGCCGCCAAAGCUUUAGCGGAUUUGGGAGUGGAGGUCACGAUAAUUGAAAGGUCUCAAUUGUUGACAAGACAAUUGGAUUCUGUUGCCGGAAAAAUGCUUCGAAGCGAAAUCGAAAAGCUUGGAAUUAGGUGUUUAAUUGGCUCUCAACCAAGAGAGAUCAUCUCUGAUGAUGAAGGAAAGGUUUCGGGUGUUCGAUUUGAUGACGAAACGGUUCAAUUGGAUAUAGUGAUCAUUGCAACGGGCAUUCGUCCGCGUGACGAACUUGCCAAAGCAUCGGGAAUUUCAACACACAAACAUGGAGGCGUUUUUGUUGAUGACCGUUUACAAACUAGUGAUCCUAAUGUUUAUGCAAUUGGUGAAGUCGCUUUGUACGGUGGUAUGAUUUAUGGACUUGUUGCGCCCGGUUAUGAUAUGGCUGAUGUUAUUGCAAAUAACUUGACAGGUGGUGAUAAACGAUUCUUGGGAGGAGAUAUGUCAAGUAAACUUAAACUUUUGGGAGUACAUGUGGCUAGUUUUGGUGAUUAUUUCGCCGGUGAGGAUACGGCGAUGCCUUUGGUGUACAACGAUCCUUUUGGCUCGGUUUAUAAGAAGCUUUUAUUCUCAAAAGAUGGCAAGUACUUGAUUGGUGGUAUCUUAGUCGGUGAUACUGAUGAUUAUGCCAAACUUCACGCUCUUAUGAAAUCAAAGAAAGUCUUAACCACCCCUCCUGGUGAACUUAUCCUUGGUGUUAAAAACGGACAGGCUCCAGGUGCAGAUGAACUCCCCGAUGAAGCCCAAGUUUGUUCGUGUAAUAAUAUAUCAAAAGGUCAAAUUCGAGAAGCUGUUAAAAACGAUGGAUGUUGUUCUGUUGGUCAAGUUAAAUCAUGUACAAAGGCCGGUACGGGCUGUGGUGGAUGUAUUCCGACCAUUACGGAAAUUUUCCAAGCUGAAAUGAAAGCGUUGGGUCACGUGGUUACAAACGCUCUUUGUUCCCAUUUCAGCUUAACGCGCUCUGAAUUAUUCCAAGUCAUCAAGAUUAGGAAAUUGACAACCUUUAAAGAAAUCAUCGAAAAGGUUGGUAAAAAAGGAACUCAUGGAUGCGAAAUCUGUAAACCGGCUAUCGCAUCAAUUUUGGCUAGUUUAUGGAAUGAUCAUGUCCUCGAUCAUGCCAACUUACAAGAUACAAAUGACCGUUACCUUGCCAAUAUUCAACGUGGGGGGUCAUAUUCUAUCGUUCCUAGAGUACCUGGAGGUGAAAUUCUUCCUAAAAAACUUGUCGUGCUCGGACAAGUUGCAGAUAAAUAUGGUUUAUACACUAAAAUCACGGGUGGCCAAAGAAUUGAUCUUUUUGGUGCAAAGAAACAAGAUUUACCCAUUAUAUGGGAUGAACUUGUUAAAGCCGGAUUUGAAUCUGGUCACGCUUAUGGAAAAGCCCUGAGAACCGUAAAAUCUUGGUAG